GCAGCUAAGUACCCGCCAAUAAAGUGGUUUAUUGAGAGCAGGCUCCUACAUUUUAUAGACGACAGAGUAGCUUCGAAGAAACUCCCAGUGUGGCGGCGCCCGAUGCUUAUGAUCAAUUCACCCGUUCAUCACACAAAGCCAGGCCGCCGGUGACGACAUUACCACCAUUUCUGAGUUCACGGACAAUUAAUGUCGGCUUCCGUCCAUCAUGAUCGUCCCGGUCGAGCGGCGAAAUACCGCAUCACGUUGAUAUAGCAGUGUUUUAAGCACAUGAAAUCCCACAGUCUACCGGACUAAUUCAAACUCUUUAUCAACGAUCUAGGCAUUUACCUGUAGACAAGACCACGAUGGCACCGCUGACGAUCCUUGUCGCUUCGUACACUGACUCGAUCUACACACUAUCCUUUGAUCCAACACCAUUGACAGGAUCUCCGACACUUAAACUCCUCGCUCGAACACCCGUUGGGCACCAUCCGUCGUGGAUCGCAUCUCAUCCGUCCGAUAAAUCCCUCAUAUAUACAGGGCUCGAACAGGCAGAUGGAGAGGUCGUCGCGAUCAAGUACGGAAGGGGUGGAACCGUCGAGGGAGGAGACGUGGUGGCCAGGGCCAAGAGUGGUGGUGCAGACCCUUGCACCCUUCUUGUCACGGAGGACGAGCUUAUCAUUGGAAAUUACUCCUCUGGCACAAUCGCGACCCUUCCGGUAUCAACAUCUGUCCCUUACAUACUUUCACCAAACCCAUGGACGCUUUCGAUGCCCUUUGAGCAUGUAGGUCGAAACAAAGCUCGUCAAUCUUCAUCCCACCCCCACCAAAUCAUCUUCAAUCCACUGGACCAAACGGAGAAAGAGCUCCUGGUCCCGGAUUUGGGUGCAGAUAAGGUCUGGAGACUCACCAAACAAAGCGAUGGCAAGUGGACAAUUUCCGGUCAUAUCGACUUUGAAGCAGGGGGUGGCCCACGACAUGUCGCAGCUCGAGGAACUACCCUUUACACGCUGCUGGAGCUCACCUCAAAGCUUGCUGUACACACAUUCACUCCGCUUCCGGCGCUCCCAAUUCCUCUUACAUCUCUGUUCACGCUUUCUGCGUCACCGAUACCGGACACCAUGAUCGCAGCGGAAAUUCUGCUACCCGAACCCAACGCAUCUUUCCCUGAAACAUUCAUCUACACGUCGAACAGAAAUGACCCUCAUCCAGAGGGUGACACUAUUGCAAUAUUCUCUCUCGCCUCUGGAGAGGGUCAGCCAGAGCUUGUGAAUGAAGUGCGUACGGGGCUAAACCAUGUCCGGGGGAUGGCGUUUGGAGGCGACGAAGACAAGUAUCUAGUUGUGGGUGGUGUAGAAGGUGGUGGAGUGAAGGUAUUUGAGAGGAUUGAUGGUGGUAAGGGACUCGAAGAAAUUGCGAAGCUCGGUGCAGACGUUGUAGGAUGUCCCACUGGCUUCUUGUGGUAUUGAGAAAUAUCGUGAAGUCACCGGAAGACAUAAGUUUGCUCGCCAGCUGGGGUGUGAGGUGAUAUUUAUGGUGUCUGCCACAUCAGGUCCCGGGUGUCAAUGCUUGUUAUGUAGCGUCCGAUAGAACGGGCUUUUAGUAUAUUGCUCGUGAAGGAAAACCGAUAUGAUAGUGAUUUAUAACAGUUAUGACUCAUGAUUACAACAGAAAUAGAUGAUUGGAACACUGCUGCAG